ACGAAGAAAAUCUCGAAUCGUUCGCCGUUCGCCAUCCGUGUGCCGAUUUAGCUUAUCUUGCCCAACCAGCCGGAUUGUUGCAAGCAACCUCUGUAUCCAGGGAACAGACACCCUCCCACACGCCGACACAACAACAGCAUGGCGAUACGGACGCUGAGAGUCCUCGGAGAUAGUUCUCGCUGCCGGCGUUCCCUGCACCGCGCGUGGACGAAUGGCAGAAGCAGCGGCGGCACGGCCCGGGGAUUCGGAACCACCCCGGCCGCCAGCGGCAACCGCGGCGACUCCCCGCAACACGAUCGGCUCGUCGUGGUUGGCUCGGGGGUCGCGGGAAGCGCCGCCGCGCUUGUCGCCGCCGAAACGCACGGGAUCCCCGUCACGCUCCUCUUUGCCGGAAGCGUGCCCCGGGACUGCAACUCGUGGUGGGCCCAAGGAGGAAUCAUAUACAGGAACUACGACCCGGCGUCAGGAGACUCGGCCGAGUCCCUCGCCAGCGACAUCCACAGGGCGGGGGCCGGCCUCUGCGCUGAGGAUGCGGUUCGAAAGGUCUCCGUGGAGGGCCCCGGUCGCGUCAAGGAGCUGCUUCUGAGCGCUACGGGCACAGCCUUUGCGAACGUCCCAUUUGACAAGCGACCGGAUGGUGAACUCAGUCUCUGUUUGGGUGAGUAGGCUUUGCUCGAUCCGAGUCUCGGUCGUUUUCGACGACCCGAGCAGGGUAGGGGCGAGAAAUCGAUUCGAGUCGAUUCGCCAAGGAUCGGGCUCGCCGUUGACCCAAUCCCUUUGCAUGGCGUGGAUCCCGUGCAUCGAAGCAACACAUUAGCGGUGUACUCGAUUUUGCAAACCGCGUGAUAUUUUUCGCCGCGGGGUUUCUCACACUUGGCUCGCUUUUCUUCACUGUCUUGACGAACCCACCUUAUCGACUUCGCAUCCCCUGCAGAGGCCUCACACGCAGCUCCCCGAAUUUUGCAUUACGCCGAUCAAACCGGCGCUAUCAUCACGGACCACAUCACGAAGGCCGCCGCCCGACACCCUCUCAUUACUAUGCAGGAGAACACCAUCGUCACGGACAUUGUGCGGGAGGACGACCUCUGUAUCGGCGUGGCCACGCUGUGCCGAACCACGGGACAGCGUAGCGUCGAAUACGCCGCUCGGGGCACAGUGCUGGCCAGUGGUGGACUUGGUGGCAUCUACGAGCACUCGACCAACCCGUCGGGCUUCAAUGCCCUAGGAUCCAGCGUGGCCCUGGCGAAGCGAGCGGGGGUGGCCACGCAGGACCUGGAGUACGUCCAAUUCCACCCCACUUCACUGUGCAUUCCCAACGAGGCCCGGUUUUUGCUGACGGAGGCCCUCCGCGGCGAGGGGGCGAUCCUCCKGGACGCCAACUGCCGGGCCUUUGCCAAGGAUUUUCACCCCGACGGGGAGCUGGCCCCGCGCGAUAUUGUCGCUCGCGGCGUCUUUGCGGAAAACGCCAAGGUGGAGGACGAUCCCUCCCGAGCACACAACGCGUUUUUGGACAUCACCCACCGCGACCCUGACUGGCUCCACGACCGAUUCCCGACGAUCCAAUCGCACCUUUCGGCACGGGGACUCGACCUGGCCAGGGACCAUCUACCGGUGACCCCGGCGGCUCAUUAUACUUGCGGCGGAAUCACCACCGACAUGCAGGGCCGUACCAGCCUGGAGGGCCUCUACGCGGCGGGAGAAGCCGCUAGGACCGGCCUCCACGGUGGAAACCGCCUUGCAUCGACGUCCCUUCUAGAGGGCCUCGUCUUUGGGGCUGCCGUGGCAGACUUCAUUGGUGGUAGCCAGAGGGGGAGGGCACUUGGAGACUUGGCGCGCCAACGGCUGGCAGCCGGCGAUACAGCAAGCAAACAUCGGCUGGAGACAACAACCUCCCUCGAUGCCAAGCAGCAGGAGAGUGUCACCAACCGCGCAGUUCAGCUCCUGGGCCAGGUCCGCCGCAUCAUGUGGAACCACGUGGGUCUGGUCCGGACCCCCUCUGGCCUCCACACCGCUGUCGAAGCCCUCGGCGAUAUCUCGGCCGAGGCAACCGAGCUCCACAAACGAUUCCCGUGCCUUGAGACGUCUGGGGCACGUGAUGCAGCCUGUUCCGGGGAGGGGGUGGCUAUCGCAUCGGCCUCCAACCCGCGAUCGGCUGGAACCCAUUUCAUGGCCCCCGAUUCCGAAGACUUCAGCGAUGACGAGGAUGACGCAAUGGUGGUGGCUGGGAGGUAGCCCGGAUGGGACCGUACUGUGACUCACUUUCUGCCGUGCCUGAAUACCAGGCCCUUUACUCAGUACAGUACCCAUUAAGAUACUGUAAAAUUACUACUUGAAACAUCUUUCCACUAUGAAACUUUUUGUAACUAAAAUUAAUCGGUCUCU